AUGGACGAGCUAUCGAAAGAUGAGAAAGACCCUUUCUUGGGUUACGAAGGCAGAAAGAAGGGCCCAACCAACAAUAAAUACAAAAUUGAAAACCUAAGGGGAAGUAUAGACAACGUAAUGAAGGAUGGGAACACCCUGUCCGACAUGGACACUCUAAAGGAAUCCUUAGCCAAGCUGGAGCUAUUCUCAGAGCGCAACAAUGCGGAUCUUCCCAUGAAUCUCGAAGUCACAGAGCGGACCAGUAGUUCCUACAAUGAUAGAACAUGCGCGCAGCUGAGGAGGGAAUUGCUCAAGCAGAAGAACCUAAACUGGUGUCUGUCUCUGAAGAUCCGAAGCAUACACAUGAAGCUAAACAGCCUCUAUGCGAAGAAGGACCAACUUGAAAGGAGUGUGCAAAAUAGGAUGAGGGAGAUCGAGUUGCAGUUCCUUCCUGGGGGAAGAAACCAGGGACAUUUGACGGAUCAGGCUCCCACAGAAAAGGAAGGUAAAAGAGAGGAACGAACAUAUGAAGAUUCCCUAAAUAAAGAGAAAGAAAAAGUGGAGGAAUUGAAGGAGAAGCUAGUAGAACACGAAAGAACUGUUCAGGUAAGUGAAGUCGAGAAGGUCAAAGCUGAGUUGGAGCUGAAGAUUUGUAAAGACAAGUUAAACGAGGAAAUUGAAAAUAAUGAAAAUUUAUACAAGAAGAUAAAAAAUUACGAAGCGAAUAUAGAGAGAAUAAAAAAGGAAGGAGAAAAAUAUUUGGACGAAGUGGAUGAGCUUAAAUUACAGCUGAAAAUGAGCCGAAGUGCGAACACCCAAGUGGACGAGAGGAACAAACUCUUGCAGGAGGAGAAAGGAAAAUUGGGGCAAGCCAAUAAUGAGUUGAAGAUAAGACUACAACGUGUACAGGCCUGUUUAACCGAUUUCAGGAAUAGGGAGAGAGCCUUCUCCAACUGUUCGAGGAAGAUAAUGAGAAUCGUGACAUUUCUGCGGGAAAGUGGCAAAGGCGGGUUCACACUAGGGGGGAAAUAUACUGGGAUGAUGAGCAACACGUUGGUUGAUACAGUGGCCGAAUCAUUAGACGACAAGAUGGGCGAUACGUUGCGCUACACAUUGGGUGUCACGGUGGAAGACGCACAAGGUUUUCCCCUGCACGGAGACACAACCUUUGUACAGACAGAGCUGCAACUGGACGAAAUUUGUGCCUCCAUCCAAACCUUGGUCGGGGUGAAGCGGGAGUUCGAGGGCCAAAGAGACGAAUUGGAGAAAGCGCGCAGCGAGGCAAAGGCCACGAAGAAAGAACUUGAAAGGAAGCGGAAAAACUAUGAGGAGGUUAUGCAGAAAAUGGAGGAAUUACAAAUGAGGGAGGAACGCACUGUGGAAGAAAUUGCAACCACGAAGGAGAAGGACGAGAGAACGAUUAUGCGGUUAAGACAGACACUACAUGAGGAGAGUAAGCUUAUUAUCACAUACAAAAAUAGGAAUGAAUACAACCUGAUGCGGAUUAGAAGACUGAAGAGGAGAGAAAACAAACUGUUCUUCCAAAUAAAUAAGUUAAGGAGGUAUGUAGAAGAGAAUAAGUCGAAAUUCGAACGAGUGAAUCAAGUGAGUAACAAUAAAAUAAAACACAUUAAGCAGAGGAAUAAGGAAUUGGUUACGAACCUGGAUGAUAUUCACGUACAGUUGGAAAGGUGCGUAGGCCAAGUUAAUACAGUUAGUAAAAAUAUGAAAAUAGUGGAGAGAGAGAAGCAGAAGGUAACAUACCAAAUGAACAUGCUUAAAUCCAAAAAUGAGCAGCUAGCCAAGGAAUUAAAAAUAUCUUUGAAAAAAAACGAAGCAAUGAAAAUGAAGGUGUAUACACUCUACAGCAGAAUGAAAAAAAUGAAGGGAAAAAUAAAAUGCGCAAAUGGAAGACUUAGCAAAGUAGAAAAACACCAUACCAAGUGCAAUAAAAAUUACAAAGAAGAACUGUUGAGAAAGGAUGAAUACGUGGAAGAGUUGCAAAGGAAACAGAAGGAACUACAGGAAGAAUUGAAGGAGAAGGAGAAGACCAUCAAGACAAAUGAUGAAUGUCUACACAAACUACAAGAAGAAAUUAAACUCCAGGAACAUGAGAAGGAUAUCCUGAAUGAAGAAAUAAAGAAGAAAAAUUUUAUGAUAGCAAGUAAAGAGGAACAAAUUAACAUGCUAAGUAAUGUAGAAAGCGAUCUGCUUAAGGAAGGAAAAGUGAACCAAGAAAGACUCAUCGAAAGGAACAAGGAAAUAAAAAGUAAGCUCGUCCAGUUGAAAGAAAUAAAAAUAGAAAACGUAAAGAUGAAUGAUAUGAUUAAUAAACUAAAGAAGGAAUUGAUAAAUUCAGAGCUGAGGUGUAAAAUGGCCUACAGAGACCUGGAAAAAUUGAAAAAAGAAAAAAAAAUAAUAAUUACAAAUCUACAAAAUGACUUGGAGGAAAAGGAAAAAUGCCUCCAGAUGACAGACCAGAGAGUCGAAUUACUCAAACGAGAAAAGGAGGAUGACCAGUCCCACAUCCAACAUGAACUGAAAUUACUACAAAAACAGAUGGAGGAGCUAACCACAGAAAAAGAAACGUAUCGGGGAAAAGUGGAACAAUUGAACAAUGAGCUGGAACAGUCUCUACAAAAACUGAAGGAAGGAAUCGAAAAAAAUGAGGAGACGAAAAAACAAAACGAUAAUCUCUUCAAACAAGUGGAUCAAUAUCAGAAGAAGAUAAACAAGCAGGAUGAAGAAAUAGAGGCCCUUCGAAAGGUACAUGAAGAUUCUGAACGGAAAAUGAAGGAGGAGUACAACCAUAAUGAAGAGACAUUAAAAAAGCUCUUUGAAGAGGAAAGAAAAAGCAUGAAGAUCCAGUUUGAGGCGCUCAUGCAGACAGAGAGGGAAUCCCAUCAAAAACAAAUAAAAGAGAUGGUCAUCCAGAAGGAGAAGGAAAUGGACGAAUUGUCCAAAAAAAUGCAAGCAGAAAAAGAGCGACGGCAAAGAGACAUAGAAUCAAUCACGGAAAAACACAAAGAAGUGGUAAUCAAGAUGAAGGAAGAAGCACAGAAAGAAAUUGAUAAAAUGAAAGAUAUUUGCGAGCAGAGCCGGAAAGCACAACUUCUGAAAGUCGAAAAGGAAAAAAGCCUGCAGAGUAAAAUUGAUGAAUGUACCUCCCUCUUGAAGGAGAAGGAUGAAGAAUUCCAGUGUGCCAUUCGACAGUACGACCAGAAGCUUCAAGAUCAAAAUAGGGAAAUGGAAUCCUUGGUGAACGAGUGCGAACAGAAAUUGAAAGAGGCAAGGGCGGCCAAGAGAACCUGCACCACUUCCAAUGCCAGCGUCGACGCCUCCGAAGAGGUCUCUAACAUUCGCAGUGUCACUAAUUUGGCCAACCCUUCUAAGGAUAUCCACCUUGCCACCAUUGUGCAGAUGGAGGAAAACCUGAGGGAGAGGGAAACGAAGAUUUGCCAAUUGGAGAAGGAUCUGCUGAAGUCGCGGCGGGAGUUGGCUGAGUUGGCUCAGAAGAAUCGCCACCUGGCAGACGGGAAAGCGGAGGCAGACAGGGAGGUUGCGAAUUUGGUGGCAGAGAAUCAGAGACUAAAGGAAGAAGAGGUGAGAAGGAAUGAAGAAGAGGUGAGAAGGAAGGAAGGCAGCCUCGAUGCUUCCCCCCCGAGUUCUCCUCCCGUGGACAGCUCUCCCCUGCUUACUAUUUCUCCUCACCUUCAGAGCGACAGUGCAUCCGGUGACCGGGAAGAAGAGCCUUUGGCUGACGUGGAAAAGAAAAAAAAAAAGAAGCAUAAAAAAGGCACCUUCAGAAAUGGAUGCCGUAAAAAGGAACAUAAUUCUGAAGACGUGGAUACCAUCAAUGGUGGAAAUAACAGUAAGGAGGAGAUGGUGGAAAUGGAGGAGCGGAAGAAAACUUCUGACAAAAAGAAAAAAAAUGGUGUGAGAAGGAAAAAAGGAAAAGGCAAAAAUAGUUUGGAAGAUGCAAGUGAUGAGGACGAUGGGAAUAGUUGCUACAAGGAAGACACACGAGGAGAGAAGGAGGAGGGGGACGAACUCCUCGGCGAAGACGCACAGAAGGAAUCAAUGAGUCUCAUAACGAUAAACGAAGAAAACUGCUACGUAUUCUUGAAAAGAAUAAACGUAAAGUUGGAUGAAAUUGUAGACAAGCUCAAAGCCAAGGAAGACCCCCUGCUCAUAAAUGACGCACUCAACAAAAUAAAUCUGGCCAUCUCCACGUGGAAUUUAUUUACGGAUACGAACGCUUCAACUGCGGAGGAUCCGGAUAGGGGGUCUCGACCGGAUGGAGAAGUUCUGUUGGAUGAAGAGGCCAUACAGGAUGGUCAAUCCACACAGAUUGAGGAGGCCCAAGCGACCAUUCCAGAUAUAGGUGAGGGGCAUUUCUCCGAUGAACGGUACGAAGCUCUCAAGAGGGAAGUCGCCGAAAAGGUGGAGCUCAUUCGCCAGAUGGUGUGA